GAAAACAAAUCAGAAAAUCAUAUUCAGUGCAGAAAGUACGCGCCGCUCCAGGCGGAGGUGAAUUAUUACCCUACUUCUGAGAGGAAUGGUGACCCUUCACAUCGUUAGUCGUGCUUUUACAAGAAAUUAUCCCAUACUAAGUUGUGCUUAAAUGAGAAAUUAGGCUACUAUUUCCCUCGGACAUUAAUUUCUGUACUGUUGCGCAACAACCAGAACGAGAAAGAUUCAGGACAUCGGAUGCGUCAUUCCACAGCGGGCGUAAUGUAUUUUGUGUUGAUGUUUUCUCACAAAACAUCAACGGGUGCCAUAAACUUUGCAAGUACGCAGUGUUUUUUGUUUUCGUUUUGAUGUGCACUGUGAUGGCCACUUGUCAAUGUCCCGAUGAUGUCUCUACGACCAUUGACUCCAACACUAACGAGGAAGAGAGUCCAACCAAAGUCGAGCAUGUUCAGGAGAAUGUGUCGGACAACCCCGACUCGUCUCAGAAGCCUCCCUUCUCGUACGUGGCCCUGAUAGCCAUGGCGAUUAAGGAGAGCAAUGCAAAAAGGCUCACAUUGUCCGGGAUUUAUCAGUUUAUCAUCACUAAAUUCCCCUUCUACGAGAAGAACAAGAAAGGCUGGCAAAACAGCAUUCGCCACAACCUAAGUCUCAACGAAUGUUUUAUUAAGGUACCCCGGGAGGGCGGUGUGGAGAGAAAAGGAAACUACUGGACCCUCGACAUGGCAUGCGAAGACAUGUUCGAGAAGGGGAACUACAGGAGGAGACGGAGGAUGAAGCGACCGCUCAGGCCCCCGUUGCCGAUGAUAUCUCCCUUCAGCGGAGAUGGACAUGCGUAUCUCUCUCCCACAACGUACCUGCAGUCUAGUUUCAUGAGCAACUCUUGGAUGUUUGUGGAGCCGCCUGACGCUAUGUCCUACGCGUCUCGGCAGGUGGACAUAGGCAGUGCGACUCCCAUCAACCUCAAGGGACUGUUUCCACCCUCUUCUUAUAAUUCAUACUCACGACCGCAGAGCGUGGCUUUGCCCUGCAUGGUGAACUCAUGCACUGGUAUAAACCAUCAUUACCAUUCUGACGCUCACCACCUUCAGAAACCCAGUGCGGUUCUAGCGGCGCUUACCCCAGUCUCCUCUCCAGACGCAACAAGCUGCCAAUUAUACGCUCCCCAGUCAGCAGAGCGGCUGAACUGCGCGCACUGGGAUCAGAAGAACCGUGGCCUGUCUGCUUUUUCAUACUGACAUUAAAGCAGUGGAGGUGAUUAUCACAGAUUCUGCGGUGGAUUUUUUUUAGGGAACAUAAAUGAACAAUAUCAGGUGGCGACCUGUGGAACUGUGAGCAAACGGAGGAGGCGCUUGGGUCAUGGUGAGAAACAAGUUCUCCUCAUUUAAAACUGGGAAAAGAGCUCUGAAAUCUUAUAGGAGGAGCAAUGCAGUUUACCUAUCGCGAGAGCGCGAAUUCUACACCAAAGCCAUGCGUUCUGUAAAAGCAAGUAUUUACCUAAAUGUCGAUUAAAGGCUAGCCUAAUCCGUCGGCCCUCUUCUAAACAUGUUCCUAACAAAGAUGUAAACCCCGAGAGUUAAAUUAAUGUUGCCAUGUACGAAUUGGGUGCAUGAAUGUCUGAGAUCUGUGCAUGACAGGUGUUUGCACAGAAUGAGUUAUAGAUUAGCACUAAUACCUAAUGGAAUUUUUUUAAAAUCUGUGUUCAGUUGCCUUUACAGCGUUUUUAAACAAUUAUUUUAUUUUAGAUUUUUUGUUGUUUCUUAUACUAUGAGUCUGUGUAAAAUAAUAAUUUUUUGAUUGUUAUUCAGAAUUCUUCAAUAAAUCUUUCAAAAUAAUAUGAACAGGUUAAA